UCCGAACUUUAAAGCGCAGUUGAAAAACUUCCAGACAAAACACAAAUUGACGUCCACAUAACAUGACUGGGAUAAUAUGUAGUCAUACUGCAGCAGAACAAUUUGUUCAACAAGGAAGUAGCUAACGAUCUCCAUUUAGUUAGCUGAAAAGCGUAUUGACAACGUUAUUUUGCUACAGUAGCUAACUAACGUUAAGUCAUUCGUCAUCGAAGCUGUCCAGUGCAACGACCUGCUGUGAAUAUAUAUGUAACUGUAACGUUAGUUACCUACAUGCUUAGGAACCUUAUCCUGUGAACGGAAGGUUAUCGUUUCAGCAACUACCACUUACUCUGUCCCUCUGUUUGGCCCAAACGUCUUAUCACUGCAACGCUCAGGAAUAGCCACCCACGUAAUAACCGGGAAGCAGCUAUGCAGCUUGAAAUCCAAGUAGCACUUAACUUUAUUAUUUCCUAUUUGUACAACAAACUCCCCAGACGGCGUGUGAACAUCUUCGGGGAGGAGCUCGAGAGGCAGCUGAAGAAGAAGUACGAGGGCCACUGGUACACGGAUAAGCCAUACAAGGGCUCUGGGUACAGGUGCCUCCACGUAGGGGAGAAGGUGGACCCUGUGGUGGAGCAGGCAGCCAAGGAGAGUGGCCUGGACUUGGACGACGUCCGGGAUAAUCUCCCUCAGGACCUAAGUGUGUGGAUUGACCCCUUCGAGGUGUCCUACCAGCUUGGCGAGAAGGGGCAGGUCAAGGUGCUGUACGUGGAUGAUGACAAUGAGAACAACGGGUCCGAGUUGGACAAGGAGGUCAAGAACAGCUUCAACCCAGAGGCCCAGGUCUUCAUGCCCAUCAGUGACUCUAUCGGGACCUCUUCUGAGUCCAGCUCUCCUUCACCCCCCUUCGGGCAAUCUGCGGUCAUUAGCCCCUCCUUCAUGCCGCGCUCCACCUAUCCUAUAACCUUCACCACCGCCACCUUCGCCGCCACCAAGUUUGGCUCCACCAAGAUGAAGGUCUCCGGCCGCAACAACAACAACAAUGGUAAUGGCAACAAGGUGGCCUGCACCUCCCCAACCAACGACCUGGGGCUGAAUGUGAACACCCUAAUGAAGCAGAAAGCCGUUUCCACCUCUAUGUACUCUCUGUAUAGCCUGGGCCAGCAGCAGAAUGCCUCUGCACUCUCUCCUAAUGCUAAGGAGUUUGUGUUCCCCAGCCUCCAGGGUCAGGGGAGCUCCGGUGGCGUGUUCCCCAGCCUCCAGGGUCAGGGGAGCUCCGGUGGCGUGUUCCCCGGCCUCCAGGGUCAGGGGAGCUCCGGUGGCGUGUUCCCCGGCCUCCAGGGUCAGGGGAGCUCCGGUGGCGUGUUCCCCAGCCUCCAGGGUCACGGGAGCUCUGGUGGCGUGUUCCCCAGCCUCCAGGGUCAGGGGAGCUCCGGUGGCGUGUUCCCCAGCGAGGGCUCUCUCAGCCUCAACUCGCUGCAGUACAACAAUGCCUUUGAUGUGUUUGCGGCCUACGGAGAUCUCAACGACAAGUCCCUCAAUGAUGGGCUGAACUUCAACCUCAGCAACAUGCAGUAUUCCAAGCAGCAAUUCCAGUCGGUCAUGGCUAACUAAACCUGACGCUAGGACUUGAAGAUGUUAUUUCUUAAUGACGACGGUUGCUUGAAGGGAAGCAUUAAGAACAACUGGACUUUCAAGGAACCUCUUGAGGAUCUUUCUAUCUAGUUAAGAGAGCAGCAUGUGUCUAGGGGUGCUUUUUCUCUGCCCCUAUUGAGUUCGUUUUUUUUUUACAGAUAGUUUGUUGUACGAACAUGUCCAAGCUUGACUACUUAAAUUCAACAUGCAUAUAGUUGUUUCUAUUUUUUUGUUGUAUUUUUUUUGUUGUUGCCAACCCUAGCACAAAAUAUAUUUUUGUACAAUGUUCGAAGUACAAAAAAAUACUCCAUUAACAUGGAUAAAAUAAAAAUGUUUCUGUCCUCUUACAGUGUAUUACAUGUGUUAGGACAUGGUGGAUUUGUAUGACUUUGCACUACUAAAUGGGGUUACUUGGUCUUUUUCUACUUGUAUAAUUUAAUUUAGUACAGAGUUUAAGAUAUCAGAGUAUAUAUUGUUUCUAUGGCAUUUAUAUCUUUUUACUACUCCAGUGACGGCUGCAGCAGCUCUUGUUGUAUUUUUUUUAUUGGUAUCUUCAUUUUAUUUUUUGGGGGUAAAGAAUUGUCUUUAAAAUCCAUCACAUAUUCUAAAGAUUACGUACAGAGUAUUCCUUCCUGGUGGAAUUUCAUGUACAACAAGAGUUGUAUUUUCUCUUUAAGAGUUAAAAGAUUUUGCUAUAUUAUGUACAAAAAAUGUAAAUUGUAUACAUUUUAAUUUUGUACCUACAUUGUGUAAUACUUGAUUAAAAAUACGGUAUAACAAAGUAUUUUGAUUCCGUGUCUUAGAUGUCAAGAGGGACUGGAAUAGUUUAUUGUUUUGUAUUAAAAAUGCUUAAAUUAUGUUUCUCUUUUUACAUUUUAUUUUAUAUUUGCACCAUGGUCUUUUUAAUAAAUUAAACUACAGUCAAAA